CAUGAAUUUGAGUACCAUAAAAACCUCACAAUCCUGCAAGAGUUAUCCAUAAUAGAUAAAUAUCACACAAACACAAGAAUAUUUGGAAUUCUGAAGAAGAAGAAAAAUCCCCCCAUUCAAAUCAACACGGGCCACAUUCCCUCUCCACACAAGCACAUAGAGAGAGUUUUAGGGGAGAGAGAGAGAGAGAGAGAGGCAAAAUGGCAGUGGAGAUUUCUCUUAAAGUGAGCACAGUGUUAGCAGGCAGAGCUGGUGUUGCACACUCUAGAAACCCAUUUUGUUCCAAGGAAAAGCUUCAUUUGCCAAAUGCUAAAGGAACCAACAAACUUUCCAGUUUAUCAGUUUCUCCUUCGUUGAAUCGCGGUUCCCGCAUCAUCUGCAAGGCCCGUGAAGCCUUGGAUGGAGUUCAAGUGGUGACAGAUACAAACUGGAACAAUCUAGUGAUUGCAAGCGAAAACCCGGUGCUGGUGGAGUUUUGGGCGCCCUGGUGCGGGCCAUGCCGGAUGAUAGCACCGGUGGUGGACGAACUGGCCAAGGAGUACACCGGGAAGAUCGCCUGCUUCAAGCUCAACACCGAUGACUGCCCGAGCAUAGCGACACAGUACGGGAUCAGGAGCAUCCCUACUGUGCUGUUCUUCAAGAACGGGGAGAGAAAAGAGAGCAUUAUUGGUGCUGUGCCCAAGUCCACACUCACUGCUACCAUAGAGAAGUACUUGGAGGUUUAGGCUGUGUUUGGAACCUUGAAUUUUAUUAUGGAAAACAGAAAAUGGGUAAGAGAAAAAAGACAUAAUUUGUGAAGGAAAAUCUCUUAUCUUUUCCCAUUCUCUGCACGAAGUCAAGGAGCCAAACAUAGCACUAAAGUUCAUGUCUAUGUCUACCCUCAUCAAUCAAAAGUUGUACUCAGGGAUUCUAAAUUGAGUAAAAUUGUAGUAUACUGUAUGAAAAGCAUGGAGUAUCCUGAGAUUUUUUCCCUUAAUGCUCUGGUAAGAGAGAAGCUGAAUAUCACAUAAUUAUUCUGUUUCUAAA